AUGGCUUCGAUACCUUCUUCUCUACCGCCCACGCCACCCUUCGUGCCUCCCAUCGCCGCUCCCACUCCGCCAAAUUCCUCAUCAGCCCCACCUCGACCCCCUCGACGAAAGAUCUUCACAGAACAGGACCUCGCUUACUGGCUACGUAGCGAGGCGUAUCAGCAUGUCGAGACGACGAUCCUGAGGCUCACGGCGGCUGUGCGGGGCAAGGCGAAUGAGGUUGAGUGCCACGAGAGUGAGGCCGCUCAGCAACUGUCGAGCUUCUUGCGGCAGAUCCGAGGAUGGGUCGCGGAAAUUCCCCUCCAGCAGGGUCCGCAGCGUUUCGGCAACAAGGCGUUUCGAGAUUGGUUGUCAAAGGUCGAGGAGGCGGAACCAGCCUUCCAACGCGACCUCGUCUCGUCUGCGCACUCGCCCGCCGUCGACCCAUCCCUCCUGCUUUCCGAAUUGUCCUUCCACUUCACGUCAUCCUUCGGUUCCGCCCAGCGCCUCGACUACGGCUCAGGCCACGAACUGUCCUUCCUCGCCUACCUCGCCUGUCUCUGCCGCCUGCGCAUCUUCAACGAGAAUGACGAGCAAGCGCUCGUUACCCGUGUCUUCAAGGAAUACAUUGAGACGUGUAGGGAGGUGCAGAGGGUGUUCAAGCUGGAGCCGGCGGGCAGCAAGGGAGUCUGGGGGCUCGAUGAUCACCAGCACCUGGUGUACCUCUUCGGCGCCACACAGCUUGUCGGCCAUCCUUCCCUUCGACCCGCCUCGGUCCUCUCUGUCCCGACCAUCGAACCGCUCGCACCAUCGUACCUCUUCAUAUCCUCCAUCAUGCACAUUCACACCAUCAAGCGCGGCCCUUUCCACGAGCACUCGCCCCUCCUUCACCAAAUCGCCAGCACCGUCCCGACUUUCCAGAAAGUCACAAAAGGUCUGUGGGAGAUGUACAAGGUGGAAGUGCUCGCGAAGUUGCCGGUCGUGCAGCACUGCCGCUUUGGCGAGUACGGAUUGAGGUGGAGGGAUAAGGAGACUGGAGCAGAGUUGCCUUCGUCGGGUGACGGGCGGAAGGACGACGAGGAUGAGGACGACAGCGCAGACGCAGUAGCCCUGCUCGACGCGCCCAUCAUCACGCCAGCCCCUUGGGCUCAUGCGGCGUCCACUCCUUCUUCCGUCCGACCGCUGCCUCCCUCAUCCCGCCUCUCCGCUACCACGACCGCCUCCUUCUCGCAUCGCCAGCAUCCGACCACCUUUCCUCUUCCUCAUGUAUCGACCGUUCCGUCAACAACAGCACACGCGCCUCGCUCCUUUGCUCCCCCACCGCUCUUCCCGCCUCGACGGCCGGCAGCGAGUCUCGCUUCGAAGCAGGAACCAGGAGGGACGGUAGCGGACGAAGGUGGAGCAGCUGCGACGAGCUCGCCGUUUGGAGUGUUGCCGAAGGUCGGGCUAGGAAACGAAGCGGUGCGGGAUAUCGAGCGGUAG